CGGCGAUGGGCGGCUGCGGGCGCUGUGCGGACCCGGCCCGGAGAACAGAAUAAGGAUGGUUGCUCAGCUGUUAACCACGGAACAGUCUUCCUGUGAGGAUAUUCCUGAGCACAGAGGUGUCCAUUUGACUGCUCUCUUACAAUGCAGAUACAUCACCCUGGGAAUCGCUGAAGCUGUUCUGUGCAGGAGGCAUUGCUGAGAUUCCCCUCGCAGCAAUGGACUUGGAUAAACCGUCCGUAUGGGGAUCCCUGAAACAGAAAACUAGACCAUUCCUGCAAAACCUGAGCGUGAGGAAGACGAAGAAGAGGUCUAGCAAAAUGAUGAAGAGGACAGUGCACUCCUUGGACCGAUGUCUGAGUGUGUCGGUGCCUGACAUGCUGGAGGUGGAGACUCUUACGGAGGAAGAAACGACUUAUUCAAGUACUCAGGUGCUGUCGAGCAGCUCCCCCAAGAGCUUUUCCAGGUCUGUGAUGUCUCUGAAAAGCAGAAGCGCUUCAGCGAGGGCAGUGGGAGAGGACUGGCCGUGGCUGUCGCAGCAGGUGGCACGGACAGAGGUGAUUGUCACCCCCCCAGACUCGCAGGCUGCAGGCAGCCCCGUGUCUGAGGGCAAGAGGAAACCCAGUGACGACUUCUUUGAGCUGCUGCAGAGCUCCCGCCUGAGCGCUGCUCUGACGGACGAGGGGGCAGAGUACCCAUGUGGAGAAAUGGAUUUUGAAUCUUCCCUAUCAUCUCAAAAUUUUGAUGACCAAGUGGCUCUGGAGGAAGCAAACGACUGCUUGAGUGACCUGCCCAGCCCCUUUGCCUACCUGCUGACCAUCCACCUGAAGGAAGGCCGAAACCUGGUUAUCAGAGAUCGUUGUGGUACAAGUGACCCGUAUGUGAAGUUUAAACUGAAUGGGAAAACUCUCUACAAAAGUAAGGUCGUCUACAAGAACCUCAACCCAGUUUGGGAUGAAACUGUUGUGCUACCUGUACAGACUCUUGAUCAAAAACUGUGGAUUGAGGUGUACGAUCGAGAUUUAACCUCUUCAGACUUCAUGGGUUCGGCAUUUGUAGCGCUCACUGAACUUGAACUCAAUAGAACUACUGAACAGAUUUUAAAACUGGAAGAUCCCAACAGUUUAGAAGAUGACAUGGGAGUGAUUGUAUUAGACUUGAGUCUAGCAGUCAAGCAAGGAGACUUCAAGAGAAAUAGAUGGUCAAGUCGGAAGAAGCGAACUUCGUCCAAGUCGAGUUUCAUGCGGAACAUGCGACUCUCCGAGUCUCUGCGCAAGAACCAGUUGUGGAACGGGCUGGUCACCAUCACACUCUUGGAGGGGAAGAACAUGCCUGGAGGGGGCUUGGCAGAGAUUUUUAUUCUCCUCAAACUGGGAGAUCAAAGAUACAAGAGCAAGACACUGUGUAAGAGUGCAAAUCCUCAGUGGAGGGAACAGUUUGAUUUUCACUACUUCUCUGACAGGAAGGAUAUGUUGGACAUUGAGGUCUGGAGAAAGGAUAACAAAAAGCACGAGGAGCUUUUGGGAACGUGCCAAGUUGACAUUACUGCCCUGCCCAUGAAGCAGACCAAUCGCCUAGAGCUGCCUCUGGAAAAACAUCCAGGGUCCCUGCUAAUGCUGAUUGCUGUUGCCCCAUGUACAGGAGUAUCUAUCUCUGAUCUGUGUGUCUGUCCUUUGGGAGACCCCAGCGAACGGCAACAGAUUUCUCAACGUUAUUGUAUAAAGAAUUCCUUUCGGGACAUAAAGGACAUUGGCUUCUUACAAGUCAAAGUUUUAAAGGCAGUGGACCUGUUGGCAGCAGAUUUUUCAGGCAAAAGUGAUCCUUUCUGUGUAUUAGAGCUGGGAAACGACAUGCUUCAAACACACACUGUUUACAAGAACCUCAAUCCAGAGUGGAACAAAGUUUUCACAUUCCCUAUUAAGGAUAUUCAUGAUGUUCUGGAAGUGACAGUGUUUGAUGAAGAUGGAGAUAAACCCCCUGAUUUUCUUGGAAAAGUUGCCAUCCCUUUGCUGUCUAUUAGAAACGGUAAACAAAGUUGUUACACACUGAAGAAUAAAGACUUGGAACGUGCUUCAAAAGGAGUAAUUUACUUGGAGCUGGAUGUCCUAUUUAAUCCUAUUAAAGCAAGUAUUAGAACAUUCAAGCCCCGAGAAAAGCGCUUCACUCAGGAAAACCGCAAAUUUUCUAAAAAGAUCUUAUCAAGAAAUGUUGAUCGUGUGAAAAAAAUCACCAUGGCAAUAUGGAAUACAAUACAAUUCCUUUGGAGCUGCUUUCUCUGGGAGUCCACGGUAAAGAGCUUGAUAGCAUUUGUGGUAUUUGUGGUCACCGUCUGGAACGUGGAGCUGUACAUGGUGCCCCUGGCUUUGCUGGUGCUCUUUGCCUACAAUUUCUCCCUCGUCACGACAGGGAAGGUCAAUAACGCCCAAGAUGCCCAGGAGCUUAUGGGCUUGGAUGAAGAUGAGGAUGAAGAUGAUAAGGAAUCUGAGAAAAAGGGGCUAAUUGACAGAAUCCACAUGGUCCAAGAGAUCAUCAUAGCUGUUCAAAGCAUCCUAGAAGAAAUAGCAUCGUUUGGAGAGAGGAUUAAAAACACAUUCAACUGGACGGUGCCUUUCCUCUCUGUCCUGGCCUGCUUGGUCCUGGCAGCAGCAACAGUUAUUUUGUAUUUUAUACCACUGAGGUACAUAAUUUUAAUCUGGGGCAUAAAUAAAUUUACUAAGAAGCUUAGAAAUCCCUACGCCAUCGACAAUAAUGAGCUACUAGAUUUCCUCUCCAGGGUACCAUCUGAUGUUCAAAAGGUGCAGCAUGCUGAAUUGAAACCAUACAGCAGCUCCAGUCCCAUUAGGAGGAAGCGGAGUGCGCUAUAGGAUGCAGCGGGAUUUCGGAAUGCAGCAUCUCCCUCCAUCCACACGCAUGUGCACACAAGCUGCAGCCCUCCCCUCCUUCUAGCUUCAGAACAAUAAUACUAGAAUCACUGCCACAGGCUUUUUCUUUUUUUUUUUUUUUUUUUUUGGAAGAUGUGUUUUUUGAUAAACACCUAUCCUGGGUUUCUUUUUUGGGAUGUCUUUUUGGCAUGGAGUCAUAACCCAAAAAAGAGCAAGGUGGAACGUAUAAAUUAGCUUGUGGGGUGGGGAGGAGGAGAAUGGGAGAGGAUGGUGCAACUGCACCUUUUAUUUUUCUUUUUUCUUUUUCCCUUUGAUUGCAGAGACAAGGCUGGAUGUGGCAGCACUCCCUGUUUUAUGUAGGAAGAGAUAAUUCCGCUUAGUGUAGCAGAUCAGCUGAGCUGAUGUGAGGAGAUGCUCUGAACCAGUUUUUAACAUAUCCAACAGAUUUACAUUAAGAUAUGAAAGCUAUUCUUUUCUGAAUUAAAUCACUGUGCCUAGAAAGGUUUAAGCUCUGAAUUAACGAGUCUUUGAUACCCAUCUUCUGUUCAAGCAGUGUACAUUUUAGAAAGUUUUUUAUCAUAAUUAGCAGAAAGAGCUAGGAGCUCCAACAGUAUCUCAAUAUUUCAUCCAGCACUUGUGGUUUUUCUUUUUCCUUUUUUUUUUUCCCCUCUUUUUUUUUUUUUUUUUUUUUUAAAGCCCACCCUGUGGUUAACUCUUUGGAUACUGGAAUCAUCAGAGAUCCAUUGCUGGCAAUGGAUGCAUGAAAACCUUAUGCCGUGAAAGGAUUAAGAGACUGUGGAAAAGGCUAACUCACUGACCUGAAAAGACUCUGUUGACUUGCCUUUUAUAAUUCCAUCUCAUCAGAUAAUUUCAGCAUUGCUGUUGUUUUCCUGUCUAAAUCCAGAGGGGUCGACACUACAGAUCCAAGAGAAAAAAAACACUUUAUAGCCUUAAAGAAAUAAGUACUUGUGCAGAAAGAGAGCCCUGUGCCCAAAGAUGUGGUUGUGCAAUAGUCUGCAGGCUUUGGUCAGCCACUGAUGUCUUCUUGUAGUCUUUCCUGGUGGUUCACAAGGAGAGGACCGGAAAGUGAAGUCAUAUGGAAACCGAGAAAAGACAGAAGAAAGGACCCCUUAUUCUGUUCUGAGGAGAAUGUGAUUUCUUGCUUGCUUACCAGUCUUUUAACUAUUGUGCUUUUGCUUUAUAUAUUUCAUAUAACCAGCAUUAUUCAGAUUGUUUGACUGGGGUAACUAAAACACAGAAUCAUAUGUAAACCUGCUUAAUUUUGGUGAUAGUGUAGCCCUUGAUCCUUUAGGUGCUGUAGGACAUUGUGGGAGUAACUUGCCACUGCAAGAAGUCACUGGUAGCACAAGAGCUGGAGUUUUCUUCUUAUUCUUAGCCAGGGGCUACCACCAGCAUCCCCUGUGGUAGUUCACAGAACAAAGAAAUAAAGAAACCUUAGAGACAGGUUUCUUUUUACCAAAAAAAAUUUAAUUUGGUAGUCACCUAAUAAAUGGAUGGGUGAUCCAAAUGGAGUUGUGUGUGGUUCUGUGGGCCUGUUGCAUGAAUUUGAAGAAGGAAAACUAACAGCAGAGUAUCUUCCACUGGAUUAUUUUCCAGAUUCAGUAAUUUUUCGUAAGUUUAUUUUUCAAAGUCCCACUGUGCCUUUGAAUAAGGACAGGCACAUUUUCAUAUACUUGAUUGGAUAAAGAAUGUAUUUUGCUCAUGCAAAGUGUGUGUAGCUGCAAAUGGAAGGAUAGAAGAAAGAUUAUCCUGGUUUAAAAAGCCACAAAAAUGCCUCUUUGUUUGCACGUGUGCUUGUGUACCCAUGUGUAUACAGAGUUGUGUAUAAAGAGUACAUGUAUAAUGUAUUUAUAGGAGAGUGUGUGUGGGAAAAUGGGUGAAUAUACAGAUUGAAAAACCUUGAAAAUGUUUAUGAAAAAUGCCAAAGAUUCUAAAGCUUAUCAUCUGCGUCUGUUCUUCUUCAUUUUGUAUCUUUCCCGGCAUGUCUCUCUGGCUGAGCCAGAUCUCUGCAUGAUUUGAUUUACUUCAACUUAAUGAAGCUGGUUGGAAAGAGCCUUGUAGAAAUUACAAAAUCUCCAGUAAAUCUCCUUCUUGUACAUACAAUAGAUGUCCACGGAACCCUUUUGUUAAACCAGUUUCUCAAUCUUCUCUGUAAACAAUGCCUCAUUGUCUCGCUUAAAACUAUCAUCUGGUUUAUCAAACUGAAGUCUUGUCAUUUUGUAAGGACCAAAGUCAGACAUAUUUAAGCAGGCAUGUGAGAUCUGAUGGUUUAUUUGAGUGAAAACAUUCAACUGCAGGAAAAAUCGCUUAUUUAUUCAGAAAGUGGGAUUCAUACUUUAAUAGAUUUGUUGAGUUUUUUCCUAAGAUUUUUCCACGUGGAGCUUAUUUCUGUUCAGGAGACAGGGUCACUUUUUUUUUUUAAAUUUUAUUUUUUAAUUUUUCCUUUUUUUUUGAUGUAGAUAUGUUGGGUUUCAGAAUAAUUUGUGUUAAUUGUUGCACUGGGGACAUACCAAAUGAAGGGGUUUGGAUGGUCCAGUACCUAUAUAUGUUGUAAUGAGCUCUUUGUUUUGAUAACUGCUGUUUGAAAUGCAAUAAACAUCUGAGGUUAAGCUGAUGCUUUUAAUUUAUCUGGUUUAGGACAUAUGUUUCCCAUUCUUUGCAAAAUACUGUGCUAUAAUAUUUACUAUCUGACUAGGUAAGCAAGUACAUCCCUUGGCAGAGCAGUGUAACAGCUAACACUGGAAUUUACUUGAAGUGGAGUAAGGAGCACAAGUAUAUCUGUGCUGCAGCAGGAGAUGAGGUAAAGCCUUAUCCCACCUACAUAAAACUCUUCAGUGGGAUUUCCUAGGCCCUGCCUAAAGGAGAAGAGGGUUAUGUGCACUUACUGCACUCUACUGUCAUCAAACUCUAUAUUCAGAUUUUUUCAUUUGGAUCUUAAAGCAAGAGUAUUAGUUGAUAUCUCUGUAUGUCCAUUUGCCUGUGCAGCUUAUCAGCGUUUACAUUGUUAAUCUAUUCAAUGUACAGCAUAGAAAUUAUAAAUUUAUAUUUUCAAUUUAAGGAUUAAAAAGACGUUUCAGUGCAUUUGCAAUCUAAAGUCUCUGAGACCAGAAGCCAUUUGGAAAUUUAAAUCUAAGUGUGUGUCUUUUGGAUUUUAGAAUCAUGGAGAUAUGGGAAUAUGAAGCAUGUCCACUAACUGUACAGUGUGUAAAUGCCUGGGUUUGAUGUGUAUGUGCAAAUGCAGUGUGUACUCAUGUUUGCCCAAACAAAAGCUUCUGCUGAAAGUUGGUUUCUUGAAUAAUCAUGAAUAGGACUGAGGACUCGGCUGCCCUAUGGAAC